CCUCACAGGGAAGUGGGAGGAGGCGGGGCGGGGCGGCGGGCAUCAUGGCGUGGCGAAGAGGGGCCUUGGCGGUGCUGAUGAUACAACCUCGCGCUGCGCUGCUCACAAGCCGGGGACCGGCCGCCUCCUACGGUACUUCAAUAACGUCUGCCAAAAUCCAAGUGAAUGGAGUCAAUCUGCAUUACCAGCAAACAGGAGAAGGGAGCCAUGCAGUUCUUCUGCUUCCUGGAAUGCUAGGGAGUGGUCAAACCGAUUUUGGACCACAGCUUAAGUCCAUGAAUAAGCAACUAUUCACAGUUGUCGCUUGGGAUCCACGAGGAUAUGGACAGUCCAUCCCACCCUCUCGAGACUUCCCUCCAGAUUUCUUCGAGAGAGAUGCAAAGGAUGCUGUGGAUCUUAUGCAGGCACUGAAAUUUAAGAAGUUCUCUUUGCUGGGAUGGAGUGAUGGUGGCAUUACAGCACUCAUUGCAGCUGCAAAGUAUCCAGCUCUUAUCCACAAGAUGGUUGUCUGGGGAGCAAACGCUAGCGUUACUCAAGAGGAUGUGAGAAUUUAUAAUGGUAUCCGAGAUGUUUCAAAAUGGAGUGAGAAGGUUAAGAAACCACUUGAAGAGCUGUAUGGACAUAAGUACUUUGCAGAAACCUGUGAGGCUUGGGUAGAUGGAAUAGCCCGCUUUGCUGAAAAAUCAGGUGGUAGUAUCUGUCAACAGUUGCUGCCUCAUAUCACAUGUCCUACAUUAAUAAUUCAUGGUGAGAAAGACCCUUUGGUUCCACGCUUUCAUGCAGAAUAUAUUCAUGAGCACAUCAAAGGCUCCCGGUUGCAUCUCAUGCCAGAAGGAAAGCAUAAUCUACAUCUCCGUUUUGCAGAAGAGUUCAACAGAGAAGUAGAAGAAUUCUUACGGUGACCUAAACUGUAAAGUUAGAGGCAUUUGUCCUUGCACUGUUUAGGAAAUUUAGUGAUUGUGUUCUUCAUUCACAUUAGGUAUGAGUCUCAUAAAGAAAAGAAAAAACAAAAAAAAAGAUAUUUCCAUGACAGGGAUCCAUAUUAACAAUAUAUAAGUCUCUGUGGAUCAGAAUAUGCCACUGUACUUCAAGACAUCUAACAUGCCUUGAAACUUAAUCAGCCAGUGGGGCAAGAAAUAGCUGUUCUUUGUCUGAUGGGGGAGAUAAGAAAGACAGAAAACAUAAUCUAGAAUGCAUGCCUUUAUGUGCUCUUAACGUUAUGAAGGACAAAAAAACCACUGUAAUAACUUGGGAUUCAGAACUGAUACAUUGAUAAAAUCUGUCAAAGUUACAA